CUUCUGCUUCCCCUAAUAUCUGACCGUCUCUCACCAUUGCGCCCCCGCCCCUCUCGCGAUAAAUUCAAAACAUGAAUGCAAAAAAGUCUCUCUCUAAUGAAUCUGGAAAUUUCUGAAAUCUCUCAUGGAAACUGCGACGAAGUUUCCAAUUAAAUGAAAGCAACGAGUUCUAGGGGGUUUUGUUCGUGUUUUUCUUUUGUGUUCCCUCUAGACGGUGGUGAAGAAGGGAGUUACAGAGUAUGGGGUGUUUCUCCUGCUUCAGUCCAUCUACUACACAAGAUGAUCCAUCUGAGGAUCAUUAUAAAACGGUCAUCAAAAUAUCACGGCAUGAAAAAGAAGAUGGCAUCGUACGUCAGAAAAGAGAAAAAGCUGAACAGGUUCAGACUGAGAGAGCAAAAGAAAUGAGCUUGAAGCAGUUUGCGAAAGAGGAGGCAAAGAGAAGAUUACAAGAGUCAAAGGAGGAAGGAAAAAGAAAGCAAGUGGAUGAUGAUGAUGAUCAAGUGGAUACUGAACAGAUUGAGAUGAAUGAGGUAAUGGAAGAAAGCUUGAAGCUGUUUCAGAAAGAGGAGGAAAAGAGAAGACUAGAAAAGUCAAACGAGGAAGGCAAAAGAAAGCAAGUGGAGGAGGAGGGACAAUUUAAGCAUUCCAAAGACAAAGAAGUUGCUCUUCCCAGCAUAUGCAAUGGUUGCAAAUCUGAGAUCAAAGAUGGACUAUCUGUCAAAGCCUUUGGUGAUCUUUGGCAUCCUCAUUGUCUAUGUUGCCUUCAUUGUCACAAACCAAUUGCUCUGGACAAGAUUGCAAAAAGAGGAAAAUUUCACAAAUCUUGCUACAAGGAGCACCGUCAUCCCACCUGCUGUGUCUGCCAAAAGAAGAUUCCUUCAACGGAAGAAGGUAUAAAGUACAACGAGCAUCCGUUCUGGAAGGAGAAAUACUGUCCUUGUCAUGAUAGGGAUGGAACUGCCAAGUGUUGCAGCUGCGAAAGAUUAGAGCCUAGGGGAACAAACUUUGUGAUGCUUGGUGAUGAUCGGUGGCUAUGCCUACAAUGUAUUGGAUCUUCGGUCAUGGAUACUUAUGAAUGCAUUGAUUUACAUGUGGAAAUCCGUGAGUUCUUCGACGGCUUGUUCUUGCCAGUUGAUAAAGAGUUUCCUCUUCUUCUGGUUGAGAAACAAGCUCUGAAUAAAGCUGAAAAGGAAGAGAAGAUUGACUAUCAACAUGCAGUGGUAACAAGAGGUAUUUGCCUGUCCGAAGAGCAGAAUGUCACAAGUGUCAAAGAAAGGCCGAAGAGGGGACCAAACAACACGCUAAUCAACAUGGUUACAGAGACUCAAAUGGUGAGUGGAUGCGAGGUCACUGCAAUUCUCAUCAUAUACGGACUUCCUAGGUUACUCACAGGAUAUAUCUUGGUUCACGAGAUGAUGCAUGCUUAUCUUAGACUCAACGGUUAUAAAAAUCUGAAGUUAGAGCUUGAAGAAGGAUUAUGUCAAGUGUUAGGCCUCAGGUGGUUGGAGUCCCAUACAUUUCCCUCUGAUGAUGCCACUGCAGCUUCUUCUUCUUCCAACACCCCUCCUGCAGCUGCAAGCACGUUAAAGAAAGGUGACGACUGGUCUGAUUUCGAGAAGAAGCUCGUCGAGUUUUGCAUUCAUCAGAUCAAGGAAGAUGAUUCACCUGUCUACGGUCUAGGAUUUAAACAGGUCCACGAGAUUUGGUUCUCAAAUCACUACAGCCUUAAGGACACUCUAAAAGACAUCGUCAACGCUUCCAAGAAUGCACCAGUUUCAAAGUUUUGAGUCAGCCGAUAUGUUAUACGUAUACCAAUAAUACACAGAAACACGUAUACAUACAUGCAUGUAUACAGACGCACAGCACAAGAGUACUUGCUUUUUACUUUUGUAAUACUGCUCUUUAUUUCUACUUUUCACAGUUUUUCUU